GUUGGAUCUCGGAGUCAUAAACCGUGAAGGCAGCCAUCCAACAUACAUAAUAAUUUGACGUCUGACCACAUGGUGGGGAAUAACUGACCAGCUGACAGAUGUUCAUGAUCUAACCCUCAAAUGCAUUGGAUGACGCCUACCUAACGCAACAUUUUCUGGAUUUAAUUCAUUGACGAAAAAGUAUUGUUGCUACAGGUCCGAAGAUGAACUGCGAAAUAGAGUUGAAAAAAAAAGACUCCACUCAAUCCAAACUUCAGGCAAUAACAUCCGCUGAUGUCACAACCUUCCCUAUGACAAGUGUCAAUUGUGAGGAGCUGCAUGCGAAUGAAACAACCAAGGAGGGAUAUUUUGAAACCGAUUCCAAAGAUCUGGUUCAGAAUGAUGCCAGUUCUUCGGAGCUUUCCAUACAUAGUGAAACAUUGAAGGCAAAUGGUGAUGCGUUGCUAAGCACAGACUCAGAUUGUCAUUCUCACCAAGCUCGAGAGAGGUGGGGUAAGAAGACGCGCCCAAAAUCACAUAAAAGGAAAGCAAAACCCUUGAUACCGGGUUUUACCAAAGACUGGGAAAGCAAUGAUUCGUGGACUUCUGAAAAGGCACAGGAAGAUUGUACCCUGGCGGCUGAGGAAAUUGAAACAAAACGAAAGAAAAUUAAGAGUUUACAGCAAAAGAAUAGAAGGUUGAAAGUUCGACAUAGUAGGUUGAAGGCUGCUAUCAAGGAAAUGAAAGCAACCAUGGAAGACAAAAAUUAAGAUAAAUCAAGGAAUUGGAU